UCACAGAUGACCACUAAGUUUCAGUCUCCUGAGAGAAUAAGGGUUGAGACCCAGUGUGGCCAUGCCAGCUGAUUGGACCUCACCCCGGAAAUCCCCAGCCCUAGCACUAGGGGAUCAUGGCAGUUUAUGUAAGGGAUCAGUGUCCUUCAGGGAUGUGGCUAUAGAUUUCAACACAGAGGAAUGGCAGCACCUGAACACUGCUCAGAGAAACCUUUACUGGGAUGUAAUGCUGGAGACCUACAGCCACCUACUGUCAGUAGGUUAUCAAGUUCGUGAAACAGAGGUUUUCAUGUUGGAACAAGGAAAGGAGCCAUGGUCGUUGCAGAGUGAGAGCCCACAUCAGAAAUGUCCAGGAGAGAAAUUAUGGGAUCAUAAUCAAUGUGGAAAAAUCCUCAGUUAUAAACAAGCACCCUCUCAACAUCAGAAAAUUCAUAUGGGGGAGAAAUCCUAUGAAUGUACUGAUCCUGGAAAGAUCUUCACCCAGAAAUCACAGCUCAAGGUACAUCUCAAAGUUCAUACAGGAGAAAAACUCUAUGUAUGUAUUGAAUGUGGGAAGGCCUUUGUACAGAAACCAGAAUUUAUUGCACAUCAGAAAACCCAUAGUAGAGAGAAGCCCUAUAAAUGCAAUGAAUGUGGAAAAUUCUUUUUCCAAGUAUCUUCUCUCUUCAGGCAUCAGAGAAUUCAUACUGGAGAAAAACUCUAUGAAUGCAGUGAAUGUGGGAAAGGCUUCUCUUAUAACUCUGAUCUCAGUAUACAUCAGAAAAUUCAUACUGGAGAGAGACACCAUGAAUGCAGUGACUGUGGCAAAGCAUUCACACAAAAGUCCACACUCAAGAUGCAUCAGAAAAUUCAUACAGGUGACAGAUCCUAUGUGUGUAUUGAAUGUGGACAAGCCUUCAUUCAGAAGACACAUUUGAUUGCUCAUCAGAGAAUUCAUACUGGAGAAAAACCAUAUGAAUGCAGUAUCUGUGGGAAAUCCUUCAUUUCCAAGUCACAACUCCAAGUACAUCAACGAAUUCACACAAGAGUGAAGCACUAUACAUGCAGUGAGUAUGGAAAGGACUUCAACAGUAGUUCCAACCUCAUUACACAUAAGAAAGUUCAAAUUAGAGAGAAAUCUUCCAUAUGUUCUGAAUGUGGGAAGGCCUUUAUGUACAGGUCAGAGUUGAUUAUACAUCAGAGAAUUCACACUGGAGAGAAACCUUAUGAAUGCAGUGACUGUGGAAAAGCCUUCACUCAGAAGUCAGCACUCACGGUGCACCAGAGAAUUCAUACAGGAGAAAAAUCAUAUGUAUGCAUAAAAUGUGGGCUGGCUUUCAUCCGGAGGGCACACUUGAUUGCACAUCAAAUAAUUCAUACUGGAGAGAAACCUUAUAAAUGUGGUCACUGUGAGAAAUUCUUUACUUCCAAGUCACAACUCCAUGUGCAUAAGCGUAUUCACACAGGAGAAAAACCCUACAUGUGCAGUAAAUGUGGGAAAGCAUUCACCAACAGGUCAAAUCUUAUUACUCAUCAGAAAACUCACACAGGAGAGAAAUCCUAUGUAUGUUCUAUAUGUGCAAAGGCCUUCACUCAGAAGUCAGACUUGAUUACACAUCAGAGAAUUCAUACUGGAGAGAAACCGUAUGAAUGCAGUGACUGUGGGAAAGCCUUCACCCAGAAGUCACACCUCAAUAUACACCAGAAAAUCCAUACUGGAGAGAGACAAUAUGAAUGCCAUGAAUGUGGGAAAGCCUUCAACCAGAAAUCAAUCCUCAUUGUGCAUCAGAAAAUUCAUACAGGAGAGAAACCCUAUGUAUGUACUGAGUGCGGAAGAGCCUUCAUCCGGAAGUCAAACUUUAUUACUCAUCAGAGAAUUCAUACUGGAGAGAAACCUUACGAAUGCAGUCAUUGUGGGAAGUUGUUCACCUCCAAGUCUCAGCUUCUGGUGCAUCAGCCAAUUCACACAGGAGAGAAACCUUAUGUGUGUGCUGAGUGUGGGAAAGGUUUUAGUGGCAGGUCAAAUCUGAGUAAACACCAGAAAACUCAUACUGGGGAAAAGCCCUAUAUUUGUUCUGAAUGUGGUAAGACCUUCAGACAGAAGUCAGAGUUGAUUAUACAUCAUAGAAUUCAUACUGGAGAGAAACCUUAUGAAUGCAGUGACUGUGGGAAGUCUUUCACUAAGAAAUCACAGCUCCAAGUGCAUCAGCGAAUUCACACAGGAGAGAAACCUUAUGUGUGUGCUGAGUGUGGGAAGGCCUUCACCGACAGGUCAAAUUUGAAUAAACACCGGACAACACACACUGGAGACAAACCCUACAAGUGUGCAGUCUGUGGGAAAGGCUUUGUUCAGAAAUCAGUGCUCAAUGUGCAUCAGAGUAUUCACACUUGUGAGAAACUGUGAAAAAAACAUCACUGAGGACAGUUCUGAUUGUACAUUAUUGAAUCCAUACUGCAGAUGUAUAUUAUUGUAAGUAGAAAGGUCUACAUCAGAAUGUCACACAUUACUUUUCAGAAGAGGACCUCUGCGAAGGCACUGAAUGAGUCAGGAGACCUUUCCCACAUCGUAAACAGCUUCAUUAAUCUUUGGGGCCUUUAUCCUGAGCAUGAACUGAGUCAACCUGAUACAAGAAGAUGCUUUAUGAAGAAGCCUUGUCAUGAAAGAUAUGAUAAAACACUGUUACCAAUUCUUCAUAGGAAAGAUUAUGUUAAGUCGUGUAGAUGAUAAUUUUGUUUGCUGUGGAAUAGGUACAGUGCCAACAAAUUGAAUGGUAAAACAACAUCAUGUAUACAAUAGUACAAAUCCUGAAUUCUGUGAAUUGUUUUUGCAUAAUACAUGGUCUAACAGAACUGUGAGUGUUUUUUCAUUCUUCUGUUGAAUCUAACAGUUGUACAUAUCCAGUCCUCCACUGAGUAUUUUUGUCAAGACAGUUACUACAGUAAGAAAUGUUUCUUAUGUAUACUGACAGACUUAUGUAUAUUGAGUCCCCAUUACUGUCUGUUUCCAUAACUCGUAACCCUUUUCAUUUGCCACUAAUAGCAUCUUUGAUUCUCACAAGCUUUCAGCACAUAGUCUUUUGUCCCUAGCAUAGAGUCCUGUGAACUUGCACUACCCUCAGGAAAGCUUGUGAGUAAGAAUUUUUAGGUCAUCUGGGUCAAUUUGUCUCCCUUCUGCUGUCACAGUUCUUUCAGCUUGUUUGUCUUCCUUAAUGACCUACUUUCAUAACUAAUCACUAACUCAUAUUAAAACAAACCCCAACAUGUUCACUGUCUGCUGUGUAUCCGUCUUUAUACCAUGCACUCUCCAAAGACCUUUUCUUCCAUGUGCUUCAAAAGCAUCAUUUCAUUUCCUGCCUGAGGGCCUUUGCAUUUUCAGUGCCUUCUGCAAAGAGCACAGUUUUUCAUGAUAUCUAUGUGGCUUGCUCCCUCAUAUUUUUUCUCCAGUAACACCUCUUCACAGUCUUCCCUGCCUACUUGGCUUUUCUACACAGCACUUACCACCAUGAUAAUGCCCUGCAUAUUUUGCUUGUUUGUUCAUAAAAUGUUUUUCCCUGUUUUCAUCACCACUAUGUGCCUAGACCCAUGUCUGUCAUCAAGAAGGAUAUCUUGUGAUCUUCCUUAAUUUAUUUAUUCAUCACAGCGAUGACCAAUUAUCUCCAUUUAACUAUCCCCAAGAUAUCAUAUGGUGAUGCCCCCAAUAUGGUGCAUGCUGUUAACCUGCCUACUUCCUCUCCAGUAAGGGCAAUGACUGGUAAUUUCCACAUUUCCCAUCUGGAUUUUGGAGCGUUCACUACUCCUUUAUUACUAGGACCCCCAUUAUCAACAAGCACAGUGUUCAUUGAUGCCCUUUAACCAGUAACACAGUAUCUGUGACCUCUCCAUUAAAUCCUGGUGGUAUCUGGUGAUUCCCCGUGGGCUUCCACUAACACAAUGUCUGCUGAUUCCCUAUUGCCUGCAUUGCUUCAUGAGGCCCCUCAGUCACUCUGGGCUACUAUAAAUUCCCUAGCACUGCUUCUCUAUGUAUGGAUUGGAGCCAUAGGGUGUGGUGAUGAGGGUGACAUAACAGCCUCAUAGACCCCUGCCUCUGAGUACCUCACAAGGCACAGGGGAAUUAGCAACCUGUGACAGAUCAGGGAGGAUCUUAGGACCCUACGAAACCACAAGCUGAGCUUCCUUCCUAUUUACUACACAAGAAGUGACACAAGCAGAACACUGAAAGCUGUUUACAUGGGUUCAAAUCCUGGUGCCACCAAUCCACUGGGCCUUUCCAGCAACUCCUCCAGGACUCAAUUGCGUCACCUGUGAAAUGGAAUUAUGGGAGAGUGAAGUGACUUCAUAUGGGUCAUUUGAUGGGAGCAUGGAUGGCAGAUCCCAAUGAGGGUAUUCUGUUUGUAAUAUUGUUAGUUAUAAGUCAACAAAAGCAUAUGACCAUCCUCUGCAUGUCCAAGCCUCAUAGAGUGAGACACAUUUUAUUGUAAAUUACUUUUUUGUUUUUUAUUUGUUGUGAUAGUAUUAAUAUUAUAGUACUGACAUGUGUGUAGUACUGCUGUGUGUGUAUAUAUAUGCACACACACAUAUAUAUAACUUUAUUUUUUAGAGCAGUUUUAGGUUCACAGUAAAAUUGGGAGGAAGGUACAGAGAUUUUCUAUGUAUCACCUACCCCAACAUAUGCAAAGCCUCCCCCAUUAUCAACAUCCCCCACCAGAGUGGUACAUUUGUUACAACUGAUGAAUCUACAUUGACACUCAUUAUCACCCAAAGUCCAUUGUUUACAUUCUAAGGAUUGGGACAAAUGAAUACAGUCAUCUCUCAGUAUCCUUAGGGGAUUGGUUCCAGAAACCACACAGAUACCAAAAUCCACAGAUGCUCAAAUCCCUUAUAUAAAAUGUCAUAGCUUAGAUAUAUCUACAUCCCCUGUGUACUUUCAAUCAUGCAAACAUCCCCCAUGUACUUUCAAUCAUUUCUAAAUUAUAAUACCCUAUACAAUGUAAAUGCUGUGUAAGUUGUUUUUACGCUGUAUUGUUUUUCAAUUUCUAUUAUUUUUUACUGUUUUAAUAUGUGGAUACAGAGGGUUGACAAAUGACAUGUAUCCAAUUUUAUAGUAGCAUACAGAGUAAUUUCGUUGCUAAAUAUCUUCUGUGUUCUGCCUAUUCAUCCUUUCCUCCCCACUUAACCCCUGGCAACUUUUUACUGUCUCCAUAGUUUUGCCUUAUCAAGAAUGUCAUAUUGUUGGAAUCAUACAGUAUGUAGUGUUUUUAGAUUAGAUUCUUUCACUUCGCAAUAUGCAUUAAAGUUUUUUCCAUGUCAUUUCAUAGCUUGAUAGUUUCCUUUUAGCACUGCUUUCCAUUGUCUAGAUAUACCAAUUUAUUUAUGCAUUUACAUACUGAAAAAAAUCUUUGUUGCUUCCAAGUUUUUUCAAUUAUGAGGACAGCUGCAAUAAACGUCUGUGCAGGUU